AUGCGAGGAUGCUUGCAGUUAGCCAGAUGGCUGAACGCAGGACCGAAAUGCCCGGCGGCAAGCCUUCCCAAGGUGCCAUCCGGCUUUUGCAACAACUACACACGGUCUUUCGCUAGUUCCGCUUAUCUGGCGUCGCGAGCUCGAACAGGCGCGAGCAAACCCACCUCUGAUCUUGAAAAUCGAAUUGCACAGAUUCCGAUUGACCGAUAUCGCAACUUCUGUAUCGUCGCUCACGUUGACCAUGGCAAGAGUACCCUCUCCGACCGACUACUCGAACUCACGGGCACCAUCCAGCCGGGAUCAAACAAGCAAGUAUUGGACAAACUCGAUGUCGAACGGGAACGAGGUAUCACCGUGAAGGCCCAAACAUGUACCAUGAUAUACAACCAUAAGGGAGAGGACUAUCUGUUGCAUCUUGUCGAUACACCGGGACAUGUGGAUUUCCGUGCGGAGGUUUCGCGCAGUUAUGCUAGUUGCGGAGGAGCAUUGCUUCUGGUAGACGCUAGCCAAGGCAUUCAGGCACAGACCGUGGCAAACUUCUAUCUUGCGUUUGCCCAGGGAUUGGAGUUGAUUCCUGUGAUCAACAAAGUAGAUUUGCCGUCGGCUGAACCGGAGAGAGCUCUUCAACAAAUGAAAGCUUCGUUCGAACUGGACACGGAAAAUGCGGUCAUGGUUUCUGCUAAGACGGGUCUCAAUGUCGAGAAAUUGCUUCCUACUGUAGUUGAGAAGAUCCCAGCGCCUGUGGGAAAUGCCCAGAAGCCCCUGCGGAUGUUACUCGUCGAUUCAUGGUACGAUUCCUACAAAGGUGUUAUCUGUUUGGUUCGGAUCUUCGACGGCGAAGUUCGUGCAGGAGACCAACUCGUGUCUUUUGCAACGGGCAUCAAAUACUACGUGGGUGAGGUCGGCAUCAUGUAUCCGACCGAGACCUCGCAGACCGUCCUGCGAGCUGGCCAGGUUGGGUAUAUCUUCUUCAACCCGGGUAUGAAACGGAGUAAGGAAGCAAAGAUUGGCGAUACCUACACCAAAGUGGGUUGUGAGAAAACCGUGGAGCCGCUUCCUGGUUUCGAAGAGCCCAAGUCGAUGGUUUUCGUAGCCGCCUACCCCGUAGACGCGGACCAUUUCGAGCACCUGGAGGAUAGCAUUAACCAGCUUAUGCUGAAUGAUAGGAGUAUCACAGUGCAAAAGGAAUCAUCCGAAGCGUUGGGUGCAGGUUUCAGACUGGGAUUCCUCGGGACUCUCCACUGUUCAGUUUUCGAAGAUCGUUUGCGUCAGGAGCACGGUGCUAGCAUCAUCAUAACGCCCCCUUCCGUACCGGUAAGGAUCAUCUGGAAAGAUGGACGCGAAGAGAUUAUCACCAGCCCGGCUCGCUUCCCGGAGGAGGACGACCUGCGAUCUAAAGUGGCAGAGAUCCACGAGCCUUAUGUUCUGGCCACCAUAACCUUCCCCGAUGAGUACCUUGGAAAGGUGAUCGAAUUGUGCGAGGCGAACCGAGGCGAACAGAAAAGCCUCGAGUACUUUACAUCUACUCAAGUCAUCCUCAAGUAUGAGCUGCCUCUAGCACAACUGGUUGAUGAUUUCUUCGGAAAGCUCAAAGGAUCUACCAAAGGGUAUGCGUCAUUGGACUACGAGGAGUCUGCUUGGCAGCCGAGCAAUAUCGUGAAAUUGCAGCUGUUGGUCAAUAAGGCUCCUGUGGAUGCUGUCGCGCGGGUCGUUCAUUAUAGCCAAAUCGAACGACUCGGAAGGAGGUGGGUGACGAAGUUCAAGGAGCAUGUCGACCGACAACUCUUCGAGGUCGUCAUUCAAGCGGCUGUCGGACGCAAGGUUAUUGCAAGAGAGACUGUCAAGCCGUAUCGCAAAGAUGUGCUAGCUAAGCUCCAUGCAAGCGAUGUAAGUCGACGGAGAAAGUUGCUUGAGAAGCAGAAAGAAGGCCGGAAGAGGCUCAGGGCUGUGGGCAACGUGGUCAUUGAACAGAAGGCCUUCCAGAAUUUCUUGUCUAAAUAG